UAAGGCGAUUUCCUGUGGUCGUUUUAUUUUUCCUAUUCUGUGCUCGGUUGUGUAAAUACUGGGGGUUUGUUGUUUGGACACAACUCCAUAAACUGGAAGAAGAAUGGAGACAGCGGGGAGUGUGACUGGUUUAUCGCGGGCGGAGCGGAAAGCACGGGAGAGGGCGAAAAUACUAGAACAGGAGGAACAGAAGAAAGCGUUCAAACUGGUGUCAAAUAUCCUAAAAAAAACAGAGGCGGAUUGGACCGAGGAGGAUGUGGCCAUGUUGCAGCAGAGCGAGGGGGUGGUGCAGGAGCUGAAACUGCGCAAAAAAAAACGGGAGACCAUUAAGAGAAAGCUAGAGGAGGUCUUUGAUGAUCCUGAUGAAUUAAAGCUCAAAGUCAAACAGCUGGCCACUGCGAUUCGGAAAGCCAAACACCUUGUUGUGUACACAGGAGCUGGCAUUAGCACGGCAGCUUCAAUCCCAGACUACAGAGGACCAAAUGGAGUGUGGACAUUGUUGCAGAAAGGAAGAUCGGUGAGUGUGUCAGACCUCAGCGAGGCAGAACCUACGUUGACCCACAUGUGCAUCAUGAAGCUGCAUGAAAAUAAACUGGUGGAACACGUGGUGUCUCAGAACUGCGAUGGGUUACACCUGCGGAGUGGACUGCCGAGGUCAGCCCUGUCCGAGCUGCACGGGAACAUGUACAUUGAGGUUUGCACUGGGUGCUCCCCAGCUAGGGAGGGCAUCCGUCUGUUUGACGUGACUGAACGCACAGGCCUGCACAGACAUGGUACAGGGCGGAGGUGCCACAAGUGUGGAGGGGAGCUGAGGGAUACUAUUGUCCACUUCGGGGAGCGGGGUACCCUGGAGCAGCCCCUGAACUGGAAGGGAGCGGCUGAAGCAGCAGAGAAGGCGGAUUUCAUUCUCUGUCUCGGAUCCAGCUUGAAGGUCCUGAAGAAGUAUUCCUGCCUGUGGUGUAUGAACAGAGCUCCUAGUAAGCGACCAGAGCUGUACAUUGUUAAUUUACAGUGGACGCCAAAAGAUGAUCUUGCUGUGCUCAAGAUCCACGGAAAAUGUGAUGACGUCCUAAAACUUUUGAUGGAGGAGCUUAAUAUUGAAAUCCCUGCAUAUGACAAAUCAAAGGAUCCUAUUUUCAGUUUGUCCACUCCGCUGAGACCAGAUGAGGAGAACAGUCACAGUCGUAAAUUGAUAGUGGCCCCUGAAGGGCUGGAGGUGCGUCCACAGGAGGUGGAGCAUGAGAGCGGAGGGGCUUCUGUGUCGGGCGGAUGGUUUGGGCGCGGCUAUUCCAAAGGGAGGAAGAAAAAGAGAUAGACGCUUCAGUUGGAAAGUCACCAGCGCGACUGUGGCGGGUUCCUGCCGGUGUGAAUAAGUCUAAGUGUGGCAGCCACACCUGUGAUUGCUGGCAGCGAUAGAUUUAACCCCAUCCCUGCCAAACACUUAUUUACACUGGCUGGGCUGCCAUCCUGCCACAGCUACCUUUUUUAUGGAUGUCUUUUGAGGUGUAGUGUUAAUAAAUAAAUAUUAUAACAUUAUGCACUUUAAUAUCCUCAGGGAUUUAAGUUCCAGUGUUAAUCUUUUCACUUAUACGAACUCAGAGUUUAUUUACGCCAGGUUUACUGCGAGUAGCACUGGAAUCUUGCCUAUAUUGUUUUAUGAUCUGUUGUUCAAGCAGGGUAUUUGAGUCUGUCAACCUGUCUACUUGCAGAUUGGGGAGGUUGGCUUUGUAAAACAGGGACCAAUUCUAAAACAUUCAAAACAUAGACACAUUUCAACCCACUGCAAAUGGCACAAGUGUUUUUUUUCCAAGGUUGUAU